AUGCUUACGGCUAAUCAGUCGCAUCCCGGGCUCUCCGUGCUCUCUGUAAAUUUGCACAGUAUUCUGUCGGACUGGGAUGCCGAGCAUACGAAUCCAUCAUACGACACAAAGGCCGCUCUUGUGAGCAUAUCGAAACUGUUGGAAGAAGCUGAAGAUGAGUAUAUAAUGCUGGAUCCCGACCCACUGGAUGAGCGGCGUCCAUUCAAAAGGCACCCUUCGUGCGUUUUAGGCCAUUUAAUCAAAGUCAUCAAUCGCAAUGAAGAAUUCAUCAAUAAGUUCGUUUUCUAA